AAGUAGACACCCUUCUGAAACAGUAACAGCUUCUGCGCUAAAAACUCCGCAUCUAGCACAAUAACAAAUUUACAUUUAAUAAAUAUUUAUAGUUCCAUCAUGAAUCAAGACUGUAGCAAGAAGCUACAAACUGCAACAAGAGAAAAACUCAGGAAACUAAACUUUCUGCGCGGUCGAGAGGUUCAUUCGGGUGAGUUUUGGGAUGUAGUGGUCGUGACAGCCCUCGACAGGAGCCAGAAAGAAGCGUAUGAGCUGCAAAUCAGUGAGAAAGUGGACCAGAAGGAGCUCCCCCUAACUCACUACAAAGUCUUCUCAGAUCCUCCUGGGUCCAAAAUAGGGAAUGGAGGCUCCUCUCUGUAUGCUCUGCAGCAGCUGGAAGACAUUUAUGGCCAAACUCUGAGAGGACUGAGAGUCAUCCUCAUCCAUGCAGAUGAGUGGAAGAAGAAGGUGGGCGAGUCGUACACCGUGAUCAGUGAGAAGCUGGAGGACGACUUCCAGCUGCCAGAAAGUGCGUUGGCCGACCUUAACCUGGCUUUCAGUUCAGAUGAAGCUUUUCAGAAGGUGAAUGUGAACUACCGAACAGAGAAGGGUCUGUCGCUGCUGCACCUCUGCUGCGUGUGUGGAGGCGACAAGGAGCAUUUGCACACACUGAUACUAAAGGGCCUCCGUCCUUCUAGACUGAGCAGAAAUGGGUUCACUGCGCUCCACCUGGCUGCUUAUAAGGACAACGCAGAGCUGCUCACUGCCCUCCUCCACGGGGGGUCAGAUGUGCAGCAAGUGGGAUAUGGGGCUCUCACGGCCCUCCAUGUUGCCACUUUGGCUGGGCAUCAAGAGGCUGCAGAUAUCCUCCUGCAACAUGGAGCUUAUGUCAACGUUCAGGAUGCUUUGUUUUUCACCCCUCUGCAUAUCGCCUCCUACUAUGGCCACGAGCAGGUGGCGAAGCUUCUGUUGAAGUUUGGAGCAGACGUGAACGCGAGCGGUGAGGUGGGUGACCGACCGCUGCACCUGGCUGCAGCCAAAGGUUUUCUUCCUAUCAUCAAACUGCUGCUGGAAGACGAGAGCAGAGCCAAUGUAAAUGCCCAAGACAACGAAGAUCACGUUCCAAUGCACUUCUGCGCUCGUUUUGGUCACCAUGAGAUAGUUCAGUUUCUCCUCCAAGGAAACCUGGACGUUCAGCCUCAUUCUGUCAACAUCUACGGGGACACACCAUUACACCUGGCCUGCUAUAAUGGCAAAUUUGCUGCAGCCAAGGAGAUAAUCCAGCUGUCUGGAUCAGAAAGUCUUUCGAAGGAGAACAUAUUCAGUGAGACGGCACUUCACAGUGCAUGCACCUAUGGUAAAGACAUAGAAAUGGUCAAAUUCUUGCUGAGCCAGAACGCCAUGAGCAUCAACCAUCAAGGCAGAGACGGACACACAGCUCUCCAUAGCGCGUGUUUCCACGGUCACAUCCGCCUGGUGCAGUUCCUGCUGGACAGUGGAGCAGACAUGAACCUUGUUGCCUGCGACCCGAGUAGAUCCAGCGGGGAGAAGGAGGAGCAGACGUGCUUGAUGUGGGCGUAUGAGAAAGGUCACGAUGUCAUUGUCACUUUGCUGAAACACUACAAGCGCUCAGAUGAUUCUCCGUGCAAUGAAUACUCUCAGCCAGGAGGGGACGGGUCCUAUGUAUCCGUUCCAUCUCCUCUUGGAAAGAUCAAAAGCAUGACUAAAGAAAAAGCUGAAGUUCUUGUCCUCAGGGCCAGCCUCCCGUCUCAUUUCCACCUUCAGCUGCCUGAGCUGGAAUUUAAUGAAAUUAUUGGCUCUGGCUCCUUUGGGAGAGUCUACAGAGGCAAAUGCAGAAACAAAAUUGUCGCCAUAAAACGCUAUCGAGCCAACACGUACUGCUCAAAGUCAGAUGUGGACAUGUUCUGCAGAGAGGUUUCCAUCCUCUGCCGCCUCAAUCACCCCUGCAUCAUCCAGUUUGUAGGCGCGUGCCUGGAUGACCCCAGUCAGUUCGCCAUUGUCACCCAGUAUGUCUCUGGAGGCUCGCUGUUCUCCCUGCUUCACGAACAGAAGAGGCUUAUCGACCUGCAGUCCAAGCUCAUCAUUGCCAUCGACGUGGCCAAGGGCAUGGAGUACCUACACAACCUCACCCAGCCCAUCAUCCACCGGGACCUCAACAGUCACAACAUCCUGCUUUAUGAGGAUGGACAUGCAGUGGUGGCUGACUUUGGAGAAUCCAGGUUUUUACAGUCGGUAGAUGAGGACAACAUGACUAAGCAGCCAGGGAACCUGCGCUGGAUGGCUCCUGAGGUGUUUACACAGUGCACUCGCUACUCUGUGAAGGCAGACAUGUUCAGCUAUGCCCUCUGUCUGUGGGAGCUGCUCACUGGAGAAAUUCCCUUUGCUCACUUGAAACCAGCUGCUGCAGCAGCAGACAUGGCGUACCAUCAUAUCCGGCCUCCUAUUGGCUACUCCAUCCCUAAACCCAUUUCUGCACUUCUGAUGAGAGGCUGGAACUCGUGCCCAGAGGUAACCCUGAGUUCACUUUGUCCUCUUGUAGUCCUUCAGUUUUAGAAAUUUUAGAUCAAAUUAAACAUAUUCUUUGCUAACCUUUAU